AUGGACACAAGCAUCUUUGAGGGAACAGAAACUGUUGAUUACUGUUAUGAAUUUGUAAAUGGAUCCUGUCCUAAAGCAGACCGAACAAGCAGCGUGCGGGUUCUGUUGUAUAUACUUAUGACGUUAAUAAUUCUAUUUACCAUCGUUGGUAACCUGUUACUCAUCAUUUCAGUUUUCCAUUUCAAGCACCUUCAAACACCCACCAAUUAUCUCAUUCUUUCCCUGGCUACUACUGACUUUCUAUUGGGAUGUUUGGUUAUGCCUUACAGCAUGGUGAGAUCAGUGGAAACGUGUUGGUAUUUAGGAAUGCCAUUCUGUAAGAUUCACACCAGCUUUGAUAUUAUGCUCAGCACAGCUUCAAUAUUACAUCUUUGUUUCAUUUCUGUUGACCGUUACUAUGCAGUGUGUGAUCCAUUGAGGUACAAAUUAAGAAUAACAUUUUUUUCAGUGCAGAUAAUGAUCUUCAUUAGCUGGGGUGUUUCUGCUGUUUUUGCUUUUGCCUUGAUCUAUUUUAAAUUAAAUCUGAAAGGAAUUGAGGCAUUUUACUACAAUGAUAUUGCAUGCAAUGGGAGUUGCACACUUGUAUUCAAUGAAAUAUCAGGGGUGAUUGCAUCAAUAAUUUCUUUCUACAUCCCAGCAGUUGCCAUGCUCUGUAUUUAUUGUAAGCUUUAUUUUGUGGCGAUGAAACAAGUGAGAAGUAUAAACAGAAUAACCAUUGAAAUUCAAAACAUCAGAGUAAAUAGAAGCCGUUGUUCACGAAAGCAAGAACAAAAAGCUGCCAAAACUCUAGGAAUCGUGGUGGGAACAUUCCUGAUCUGUUGGUCUCCAUUUUUCGUUUGCAACACAAUGGAUGCAUUUGUCAGUCAUUCUAGUUCACCAGUUUUGCUUGAUACCCUUGUUUGGUUGGGCUACUUGAAUUCUACAUUUAAUCCUGUUAUCUACGGCUUCUUUUUUGCCUGGUUUAGAAAAGCUGUAACAAUUAUUUACACAUGCAAAAUAUUUCAGCCUGCGUCCUCCAGAAUAAACAUGUACUGA